AUGGAAGCCACGCGAUUAAACGCGCUCCUCGUCGUCCUCCUGCUCGCCGUCGCGCUGCCCUUCAGCAGCAUUCCCCAACGCUCGUGGGCCGCCAAACCGCCAGACCCAGCGGCUGUGGCAGCGCCGGUAGAGGCGGCGGCGGCGGCGCGGUUGAACUACAGCGAGGCGCUGGAAAAAUGCAUUUUCUUCUUCCAGCUGCAGCGGUCCGGUAGACUGCCGCGCUCGCAGCUACCCACGUGGCGUGGCGACUCGGGACUCACGGAUGGCAAGGCGGAAGGGGUGGACCUGACGCGCGGGUACUACGACUCGGGCGACAACGUGAAGUUCGGCUUCCCGCUCGCCUUCACCGUCACCGCGCUCGCCUGGAGCGUCGUCGAGUACGGCCCGCAGCUCACGGCGCUCGGGCAGAUCAAGGCGGCGCGCGACGCCGUGCGGUGGGGCGCGCACUUCUUCGUGCACGCGCACCCCAAACCCAACGUGCUCUACGCGCAGGUGGGCGACGGGCAAUCGGAUCACAGCUGCUGGCAGCGCCCCGAGGACAUGACCACGCCGCGCACCGCAUACCGCCUCGACCCUCAGCACCCCGGCACCGAGCCCGCUGCCGAGGCGGCGGCAGCACUGGCGGCGUCGAGCAUGGUGUUUGGCAAGACAGACGCCAACUACUCCAAGUCGCUGCUCACCCACGCCCGCCAGCUGUUCAACUUCGCUCGCAAGUACCCGAAGAAGUACACGGACAGCAUCCCCUCCGCCUCCGCCUUCUACAACUCCUACUCUGGCUUUAAUGACGAGUUGCUGUGGGCGGCUGUGUGGCUAUACCGCGCCACGGGGGAGAGGCGGUAUCUGGACUACAUCGUGACGAACGAGAAGCAGCUGGGCGGCACGCAAUCGUCAGUGCAGAACUUCUCGUGGGACAACAAGUAUGCCGGAGCUCAAGUGCUGCUGGCUAAGGAGUACCUACGGCAGCAGGACCCGUCACUGGAGCUGUAUCUGAAGCGCGCCAAGGACUUUGUGUGCGGCACCGUGGUGCGUGGCAUCAGAUCACCAGGCGGUAUGCUGUUCCUCAUGUCAUGGAGCAACCUGCAGUACGUCACGGCCAUCAGCAUGGUGCUCUCCGCCUUUGCUGACAUCCUGGACGCCGCCCCCGCCAGCGCCGGCAACGCCACGGCCAUCAUGUGCGACUCCACGCCCGUCACCCCCACCGCCAUGCGCCGCUUCGUCAAACGCCAGGUGGACUACAUAUUGGGCGUGAACCCCAAGAAGGUGAGCUACAUGGUGGGGUUCUCCUCCUCGUACCCACAGCACGUGCACCACCGCGGUGCAUCGCUGCCGUCCAUCUGGGUGAACAACACACGCAUGGGCUGCAACGACGGCUGGCCCGCCUUCCAGUCCAAGGCCCCCAACGUGAAUGUGCUGACGGGGGCGGUGAUAGGCGGGCCAGACAGCAGCGAUGCAUUCCGGGACGAGAGGGACAACUACCAGCAGGUGGAGCCCUCCACCUCCAUCAACGCCCCCUUCGUUGGUGUCCUCGCCCGCGUUGCUGGAGGCCCCCCCAAGGCCAGCCCUCCACCUGCCUCCCCCAAGGCCCCCCCUCCUCCCCUCAAGGCACCACCACCACCGCCUGGUGGGAAGCGUAAGUGA